UUCAACCGUUGAAUCGAUCGGACGCGAAACUCUUAAAGUGUAAACCAUAUUAGAAAUUCCUGUUUAAUCUCAGUAGUGGUGAAUGUAAGUGUUGAAUCCUUUUUCAACAAUCCUUCCGAUUCUGCCCUACUUUCCCCCAAUCAUUGUGAGAGCGUUAUACGUUUGUUUAGAUGGAUACCAAAGAAGCAAUAUUUUUGAUCAAUUCAAACAACUGUGGCUAUACGAAAUGAAACUCUGAAAAAAUGCAACACAAUUCAUUGGGGUCAGGAAUGAGUUCAUUGUAGUUAAUGUAAACAUGCAAACAAUACUUGAAGUCCUGGUGAUUAGGCUGAAACUCAACGCAAUAAACAUAGGCCUUUCUACUACAACGUUGAUUGUGAUUUCAACUGGAGAUUGACGAGAAUAAUUGACUAUACCUGAAUCAAUAGGUGGAGCCUUUACUAACGCUAGUCUCUGUAACGAAUGUAGCUCACGACAAGCUGUACAAUCAAUGAAUCCAAAUACAACAUCGACAGCAAGCGUUUUCAAAUCCCAGAAGGCAUCACUGGUAUACAGUCUGCUGAUACUUGUGCUGGUGUUGGUCGGGCAGCACACCACAGCCGCCGUCCGAUGUGACCGGACGCCGGAGGGAGCUGUUGCAAGCAAGUCGCCCGCCGAUGGUCGCUUUCGGUUGCGUAUCUCCGGCAAUCCGGAGAAAUAUGUUCCUGGGGAGUCGUACACAAUUAGUCUCGUUGGUAUCCGGUCGAUGCAGGUGCCACAUAAGUUCUCCGGGUUUUUCUUGGCUGCCGAAAAGGAACUAUCAUUGAGUCGUCCGGAGCAACCGUUAAACGGAGAUUUUCACAGCGUUGGUACCUUUCAUCUCCUGGGGGAUAUUCAGACUAAGUUUAGUGAGCGAUGUCCGAACGCCGUAACACAAACUAGCUCCAUUCCAAAGAGUGAAAUUCAGGUCACCUGGGUUGCACCACCGGCAAGGAGUGGUUGUAUAGCGAUUCGUGCUACAGUAAUCGAACACCGUGAUGUGUGGUACAUGGAUGAUGGUCCAUUGAGCAAGGUCCUAUGUGAGGAUGAAGCUGACUCGGUGGAUACACAACCGCUAGUACUGAAGGAGUGCUGCGCUUGUGACGAGGCAAAGUACGAAUUGACGUUCGAAGGACUGUGGUCUAGGCACACUCAUCCAAAGGAUUUUCCAUCUAACGGAUGGCUGACGAGAUUUAGCGAUGUUAUCGGAGCAUCACACACAGUCGAUUAUCGGUUCUGGGAGUACGGACAAAUCGCCAGCGAAGGCUUAAAGCAAGUUGCGGAGCAUGGAUCCACGAGGAUGCUAGAGAGCGAAUUGAAGAACCAGAGUGAUAAAAUUCGCACAAUCAUCAAAGCACGUGGCAUAUCAUAUCCGAAUGUAACGGGCAAAACUUUCGCGGUUUUCCGAGUGGACUCCAACCAUCACCUUGUAUCGAUUGUUUCAAUGCUUGACCCCUCCCCCGACUGGAUCGUGGGAGUAUCAGGAUUAGAAUUAUGUUUGAUGAAUUGUUCCUGGAUCGAGAAUAAAAUAUUGAAUCUCUAUCCAUGGGAUGCUGGUACCGAUAGCGGACCGACUUACAUUUCAUCUGACCAACCAACUAAUCCACCGGAUGUUAUUCGAAGAAUCAAAGCCAACUAUCCGAAUGAUCCACGAUCGCCCUUCUAUGAUCCGAGUGGUGCGGAAAUGAAACCACUCGCUAGAAUUUAUCUUUCUCGACAAAGAUUAUACGAAAAAAAUUGUGAUUCGGAUAACGAAGAAGAUAAUGAAUGUGAGACCGAAUCCUGGGGUGAGUGGACGGAGUGCAGUUCCCGUUGUGGUAAAGGAAAGCAAACCCGACGUCGAACAUAUAAAUAUCCCAUGAAGGCAAAACAAGCGGAGUGUAAAAAGAAACUUUUUGAUCGUCGACCAUGUGUCGGAAGCGAAAGGGAUUGUGACUACCAAACAAGCCAGGAGCUUGAUGAAACAUAUCAAAGUGACCCGGAGUGUGAGGUGACCGAGUGGGGACCAUGGAGUGAGUGCAGCACACCUUGUGGCAAGGGAAACAAGACACGUUCUCGAAAGUACAAAAAGAAAGGCGCUCGGAAGAAAUGCGAGCGUAUGCCAACCCCACCGAUGUUACAGCAGACGGUACCGUGCAGUGAAGAGUGUGCUGGAGACAUUUCACAACCAGUGAUUAGUGCAAAUAUUAAUCCCAAAUGUAAAAUGACUCAGUGGUCGGAAUGGGGACCGUGUAGUGUCACUUGCGGUCUUGGUAGAAUGAUGCGAACAAGGAUGCCGAUUAGUAAAUCACUGAACACGAAGCAGCAUUACAAACGAUUCGUUAAUUACUAUUUGACAAAGCGACGUCCGACUACGGAUGAGGACGAUGAUGAAGAAGAGGAAGAAGAUAAUACUGAAAACAGUUUGCAAAUAACAGACCCAAAUGAUCCAUGCUACGGUGUUGAAACGGUAGAGGAAGUUACAUGUGGACAUGAUCUUCCUGCUUGUGAUGGAUUGUAUGGUGUACCAGAACUUUGCUAUCUGGAGCCGAAACCAGGAAACUGUCGAGACUCGCAGACCCGUUGGUAUUUCGACAAUACCAAAAACGAUUGCUCGAUUCUGUUUUUCACCGGCUGUGGCGGUAACAACAAUAACUUCAUGUCGCGGGAGGACUGUUUAGAUACAUGUAGCAAAGAUCGUAAAUUCACAAACAUCCCUAUCCGGGACCAGAUCAGUACUAGCUCGGAUUAUGCAACAGACUUCAAACAGGACUGCAAGACGUCCCACUGGAAGAGAGGACCAUGCAAUGUUACUUGUGGAGAGGGUUUUCGCGUAAAAAGUCGAUCAAUUUUGGUCCACCCCACUAAUGGAGGUCAGCGCUGUCCUCGAAAACUACGGAAAAUGGAACGUUGUUUCGUGCAUUGUGACUCCUCCCGGCAUGACACCAAUCCGUCGUGGGGUCCCAGCACUCGCUACUUGCCAGAACCUAUCGAAUGUGAGUAUUCAGCCUGGUCAGCAUGGUCUCCGUGUAGUAAGACUUGCGGUGAUUUCGCUGUUCAACAGCGCACACGGUACGUUUUGAAUCCGGAAAAUACUCGCUACUGUCCGCAUCGUCUCGAGGAGCGAAAAUGUGAUAUCAUGCCUUGCUUGCUUGGCAAUUGAAUGUCAGGAAGGAUGGGAGCGGUCUAGGACAAGACCUGACAACUGGCUUCUUUUUCUAAAAAAAUAUUCAUUUAAUUAUUCCGGUUGCUCCCUAUUAUAAAUAUUACAACCCUCGCGAGCACUGUUGCCAAUAGAAUUAGCUAUUCGUUCUAAAAAGCAUCCCCCUAUUUCAUGUGUUUUUUUUUCAUUUCAAAAAAUUCAGAGAAAUGUUAAUUCAAUCAAAAAUAUACAUCAAAAGUUAUUUUAAUAAAAUGAUUUUAGGAAACGUAAUCAGUGAAAAAAAGAGUGAAAAGAUAAUACAAAUAUUCCAAAAAGUAUAUUUUUUAGUAACUAGCUUUUGUUGUUUUUUAUACUAAACUAUCUAACAUAUAUUACAAUUUAAAAGCAAUAACAAAGAGAACUAUUCAAAGAUCUGGCGCUUGUCUGAAAUAUAACCCAAAUAAUCUACAUUACACUUGGUAAUUCCAAUCUCUAUCUUUGUAUUAUCCUGUGAUUUUUCAAUGAACUUAUAUACUUCUCACAUUGAUAUAAAUUAAAAGGAAAGUAAAAUUAAAUCUAAUUAAAAUUAAUAACUUUAAAAAGAUUAUGUAUCAGUAUAGAAAAAUAUUCAAUACCAAAUUACACUACUACCAACGAUACUGACAACACUUUUUAUGCCACCCUGCAGUAACAUUAAAUUCUGCAUCUUGUAUUUGCUUUCGCAACUUUCAACCAAUCUUCAGCUGGUCCGAAACUGGCUCGCGAUGUGGAUUAACAAUUGUCUCAGGUCCUGUCCUAUGGAGCGGUGAUAGAGAUAGGCACAAAUGAGGCGAGAAUCGCCCGUGGAUUUUUCACGAUCAUUGCAUAUUUAUGGAGCAGAUAGUUUAAUGUACAGAGUGCUCAGACUUUAGUCGAGUACGUGGUAAAAAUUAUCAGUUAAAAACUUUUUCGGAUUUGUCUAUACAAAAAAAAGAUAUAGCACUUCAAUUCGAAAUCAUCGGUUAUAAUUAGGGAAACAAUUUUUGUACAAGAAGAUAUAAUCAAUUCGACACUAAUAUUAUAGAGGGACUAUUUAAACAUGAUUAGUCAUUGAUUAUAACAAAUGAGCAUAAUAAUCGUUAUCCUAGGUAUUAUUUCGACGUCAAUCAACUGAGGUAUAUCAACAACAACAAUAAAAGAACAAGUGAUGUAAUGAUAAAUGUACGGAAAAAUAAAUGCAUAUUGUAACACGACCUUAGAAAA